AUGUUUCUGUCUCAGGUGCUGAGUCUGUGGAGAGGCUAUGUGGUUACGAACAAGCAGCCACUCAAGGUGGAGAGCACGUUUAGCUACCUGGAGAUUUCUUCCAUCAACAUUCACAGUCUCACUCAGAUUGAGUUGGAGACGGACAGGCAGAGCUUGUCUUUCAGUGUCUUGCAUGAUGAAGAUCUUGUUGCCAUGAUCAGCCACAUGACCGCGUCACUAAAGAGGAUCUUCCCAGAUUCUUCUCCAGGAAAGCUGUUGAAGACCGUUCCCCAGGACCUCCAGGAAAGGCUGCUCACUCUGACUGCUGUCAUAGAGGAGCAGCUGAACAGCCAACCAGGCCCCUGUGGAGGAUUCUCCGAUACCUAUGCUGCUCUUUGUGAUUGGAAUGAAAUGCCAUUCAGAGAAGAAAUUCAGUGGGACGUGGACAAUAUCUACUACAUACAUAACUGGAGAAGGUUCAACCUGCUGGACUUUAGCCAUUUAGAAAGCAAAGACUUGGCAUUGGCAGUAGCAGCUUUGUCUUUCAACCAAUGGUUUACUAAGAUCUUCUGCAAAGAAUUCAAACUGUCAGCUGACAUCCAGCAGCAGCUCACUUUCCUGAUGUCCAAAUCUUCAAGUCUGGAGGAACUCUUGCUGGAGGACUGUGGAUUGAAAGUAGACUUUGCUGUGAAAAUGGCUGCUGCCCUCCAAGAGCACACAUCUUCUGCCCUGAAAGCCAUCAAUCUGUCAGGCAACUCCAUUGAAGAUAAAGGUGUAAUCGCCCUCAGUCAUGAGAUAAAGCAUCUAAAUGAGGGCCUGAGGUUCCUCUCCCUGAGUCGUGUAUCAAUGAGCGCCAAAGGUCUUGGCUGUCUGGGUCAGGUGAUGUCCUCCUGUCAGCAGUUUUCUACCUCUCUGACUCAUCUUAACCUGUCUUGCAACCCAGGAAGUCUGGUGACUGAGGAUGCCACGUUUCUCUUCAAGUUCUUGUCUGGAACAAACUCCCUGUCACAUUUGGACCUCAGUGACACCAGCUGCCCUCUGGACACACUAUUUGUUUCACUGUCUGCUGGAUGUUGUUACAAGCUGACUCACCUGAACCUGGCCAGAAACCCCUUCAGCCACAGGAAAGUGCGGGAGGUGACCAGGAGUAUCCAGGAGUUCUUCAGUCAGAGCUGUGAGCUCAGAUACGUUGGCCUGUCUGCAACCAAACUACCUCCACAAGCUCUCAGGUUAUUGCUGCAAGGUCUUGCCACCAACACUCGUCUCUUUGGUUUGGAGUUAGAUCUCAGUAGUUGUGAGCUGUGUUCAGCAGGGGCCCAGGUGAUACAGGAGCACAUCUCUGAGGCGAAAGCGAUCAGAAGUUUGGAUAUUUCUGACAACAGUUUUGAGAAUGACAUGGUGACUCUGGUUCUGUCUGUUGGUCGAUGCCAGUCUCUUCAUCACCUUGCUCUUGGAAGGAACUUUGCCAUGAAAUCCAGAGCUCUCACCGACCUUCUUCAUCGUAUAGCGCAGCUCAUUCAGGAUGAAGAGUGUCCCCUGCAGUCUCUCUCAGUGUCUGACUCUAAGUUGAAAACAGGGAUGCACAUUCUGCUCAGCGCUCUAGGGGGUCAUGCUACUCUAACUGAGCUGGACAUCAGUGGAAACAAUAUUGGAGACACUGGAGCCAAAAUGCUGGCAAAAGCCCUGAUGACCAACACCAUGCUGAGGUCUCUAACCUGGGACAGAAACAACGUCACUGCCAGGGGUUUCCAGGAUGUGGCAGAUGCCUUGGAAAGGAACUUUACUCUACAGAAGAUGUCUCCUCCCUUGGCUGAUAUCACACAGAGUUACCGCAGCAACCCAGAGCAAACAAAAGAAGCCCUGAGCAAGAUUCAGCAGUGUCUGUCCAGAAACAACAUGAGAAAUCCUGGCAGUGUGGAACUCCAGCAGGUGUUCAGGAGCCAACAGUCUGAGAAGAUGAUCCAAGGUAUGUGUCGACAGCUGGAAGACACCCUGCAGCGUGUAAGCCACUGUAAUACCCAGGCAGUCCAGAAUGAUAUCAUGGCUGCACAUGAAGUGCUCCAAAAUGCCAGAGAGUCUCUGAAGCUGCUUCCAUCUCUGUGUGAUGAGAGCAGGAAGUGUUCACCUGAUGGAGACUGGGUGAUGGAUAUCUUAUCUGAUGCUGCCUUGGUACUAACUCAGGAAAUCAAAAAAGACUUUCAGGAGCUGGGUCAAGACUUGGUGGGUUAUGCGGAAACGGUGUGUCCAAAGGUGGUGCAGCGCUCCAGUGUCUGCAAGAGCCUAUCAGAGUGCAUAUCUAAAAGAAGCAAGCAGGCAGGAAUAUUCCUAAGAAGCACCCUGGUGGAAACCGCAGGGCAAAUCAUCAGCACCAGAUUGAGUGAAUUGAGACAAACACUGACUGUGACUCUGGUUGAAAGCAUGAUAGAACAGAUUCUACAAGAUCUGACUGAAGCACAGGACAAGAUGGACUCCCUAAUAAGCGAAAAUCCUUCCAGUGGUCAAAGAAUCAAUAUCCCAGAGCUUCGACUGACUGACAGUGAUUUCCCAACUGAUGAUUACAGUCCAGCAUUCUGGAGGAGCAGUUUGCUUUCUAAGAGCCUAAGGCCUGCUGCUUCAAUCAAAAGUCUCUUGGAUGCAGACUGUGAGCAACACACCAGAGAGAGAAGAACAGAGAGAGAGAGGGGAGGAGCUGCCAGAGAGGAUGAUGGAGGAGGAAGGUGUGCGCUCCCACAGUUGCCACUCUCAGCCUCAAGUCCCUCCCUUUCCCCUUCUACUUCCUUGUCCCCCUCCCCCCAACUACAGAGGAGGAGGAGGUUGAUGGAGGGGGAGGUGGCAUCAGCGGAUACUGCAGAAGCAGUAUCAGGAGAUAGUGGAGCAUCGCUCAGCCCUCCUCCCAGCCGCCCCCCUAUCUACUCCAUCCCUUAUAAAGCUCCAAAACAGGAGACAGCUGAUGGUGGAGGCCUAAACGGACAACAGGCUCGCUUCCCUGGCUGCAGCCCCAGCACAGGCCCCCACCCUGGCUCUGGAUUCUCUGUUUCUCCCAUGGAGCCUCUACCAAGUCAGGGACAGACUCUAAGGCACUACACUGCCUCCCGACCACGGCCACGGCGCACACACACGCAACCCCCCACCUCCAGGCCUCAGGUGAGAUCACAGGCAUCUGCACAUCAAAAACACACAAAUUAGCACAUACAGCAGCAUGAUUCUAUCUAUCUAUCUA